AGAAUGGAUAAAGAUAAUUGCUCAGCCUUGACUGAAUUCCAGCUCUUGGGAAUUACUAAUAACUCUAAUGUCAAAGUGACCAUAUUCGCCAUAUUUAUAGUUGUAUAUCUCAUUAUCCUUGUAGUAAAUCUUGGAAUGAUCAUUUUAAUUAGAAUAGAUUCCCAGCUCCAUACACCAAUGUACUUUUUCUUAAGCCACCUUGCUUUUUGCGACCUCUGUUAUUCCACAGCCAUUGGGCCCAAGAUGCUGGUGGACCUCAGGGCCAGGACUGGAUCAAUUCCAUUCUUUGGCUGUGCUCUGCAAUUCUUCAUUUUUUGCAUCUUUGCAGAUUCCGAGUGUCUCUUGCUGGCUGUGAUGGCCUUUGAUCGAUACAAAGCCAUCAGCAAUCCUCUGCUGUAUACAGUCAACAUGUCCAACCGGGUGUGUUCCAUGCUGACGGCAGGAGUUUACCUGGUGGGCACGGUGGAUGCCUUAAUACACACAACCUUGACUUUCCGCCUAUGUUUCUGUGGGUCCAAUGAGAUUAAUCAUUUCUUUUGUGAUUUACCUCCACUUUUCCUCCUGUCUUGUUCUGAUAUUCAGGUCAACGAGCUGGCGUUAUUCACGGUUUUUGGCUUCAUUGAACUGAGUACCAUCUCAGGGAUUCUUGUCUCUUAUUUUUACAUCAUUCUUUCAGUCUUAAAGAUCCGUUCUGCGGAUGGAAUGUUCAAAGCUGUGUCCACCUGCACCUCCCAUUUAACUGUUGUUGCCAUUUUCCAGGGAACCAUGCUCUUUAUGUAUUUCCGGCCUAGUUCUUCUUACUCUCUAGAUCAAGACAAAAUGACCUCAUUGUUCUAUACACUUGUGAUUCCUAUGCUAAAUCCUCUGAUUUAUAGCCUACGGAAUAAAGAUGUGAAAGACGCACUGAAAAAACUAAAAAACAAAGUGGUUCUUUAA